AUCUCGGUAAGCAGUUGCAGCUGCUGAACGAGCCCUCUCGUGGCAUAAGCGUUAGACCAGUACUGUACGCAGAUGACUCGGCCAUUGCGAUUAAAUCCCCAGGCAUCGUCAGCCUUGUAGGACUAAUCACCCGAGUAUGGACAAUCAUGGAAAACUGGGCCUCUGAUGUUGACUUAGCGCUCUCAAAGGACAAGAACGAAAUCUGGGUUGAUACCUGGACUAGCGAGGUGGCUUCAAUCCUGCGAAAUAGAGGACAUCAAGACCUAGCCGAUUCUGUAAAAAAGAGCAUUAAGUUCUUAGGAUUAUGGCUAGACCAGAAG